AGUAUUAUUCAGUAAGUGAAUGGGUAGGUAAACCGAUAUAUCCAUAAGAUAGGAUAUUAUUCAGGGAUCCAAAGAAAUGAACUAUCAAGCCAUGGAAGGACAUGGAGGAAUCUGAGUUGAAUAUUGCCAAGUGAAAGAAGCUAUAGUAAAGGCUACACACUCUAUGAUUCCAACUAUAUAACGUUCUGGAAAAUGUAAAACUAGACAGUAAGAAGAUCAAUGAUACCCAGGGGCUGGGGGGCAAAGAGGAGGCGGCAUGUAUAGAUCUGAACAGAGGAUUUUUAGGACCGAGAAACUAUCCCGUAUAUCACUACGACAGGUACAUGCCAUAGAACAUUUUUCAAAACCCAUAAACCUGUACAAUACCAAGAGGAAACCCUAAUAUAAACUACAUGCUUUAAUUAGUUGAUGUAUCAGUGUAAAGUUCAUCAUUUGCAGCCACAGUGUAUGCUAACGCAAAAUGAGGUAAACAGGUGAAACUGUUGUGAGGGGCUGGAGUAUAAGGGAGCUUCCUGUGGCUUUCUGCUGGAUUUUUCCACUAAACCUAAAACUGAUCUUGAGAUCUAUUUAUUACAAAAACAAAAAAACAACAAAAAAGUAUCUCUGCAUAAACCCGCAGGGCUUUUUGCAUUUUUCUACAGGCGCAUGAUCGAAUGAGAGAGUGCUUCGUUUUUCAUAAAUGCUAGAAGCUAAAACGAAUUGAACCUUUAUAUUUUGGGUAUUGCGUAAGUACUUUCUUCUACUAAUCAACAAAUAUUUAUUCCGAGCAAGGAUACCCAGCCUACGCAAUUUAUGCGUAUACUGCCUACGCAACUUAUGCGUACAUCGCCUACGCAAUUUAAUCGUCACACAGCGCUAAGAAAUACCAUCGCUAUUAAUGUUUCAAAAAACAAGAGACAGCUCUGGGACAGACAAUUAAUAAAUGCCAGAAUGGGCAUUUAAUCUGAAUUCUAAGCCCCAAAUUCGAAACCUUAAAACCGUACCAAAGAGAAUUAGCGAUUUCUAACUCCAUCAUUUGAAACAAUGAACGGCCGACAAAUCUCGCGACAUUACUGAAGCUACUACUACUCCCAACAUGCAAAGCGGUUUCCGUGCCGCAGACUGUGCCGCAGCCUAUGCCGCAGCACAUGCCGCAGCGGCCACAGCGGCCGCAGCGCCCGCAGCGCCCCGGCAUUCCUUGAGGCGCGAAAGGCAACCUGGGAGCUGUAGUUCUUCUGGACACCGACUGGUAUUGCCAGCGCGGCCGCGGCGGAUCUCUCGCUUGCAGCCAGUAGGUCCUGUGAGGGCGAGUUGAGGCGGAGAAAGGGCGUGGAACUGGAAACGGGUGAGUCCGACGCGGUGUACGCGAUAAAGGGAGGCGGCACCGCGGUGUAGGGCUGACUUAGAUAAAUGGACCAGUGCUGCAGUCUCUCCGGAGACACUGCGAUCUUAGCGUCAGCGAGAAGAGGGUGAGGAGGCGCCCGAGCCCGGUCUUUGCACCCGUUCUCGCCCUCAGCUCCCUACCAGCAUCUCCACCAUGCAGUCCCGGGAAGAAGCUUCGCGCUCUCGCCGCCUCGCCAGUCCCCGCGGUGGAAAGCGGCCUAAAAGGGUUCACAAACCCACGGUUUCGGCUUUUUUCACGGGGCCGGAGGAGUUGAAGGACACGGCCCAUUCCGCAGCCUUGCUGGCACAGCUCAAGUCCUUCUACGACGCGCGGCUCCUCUGUGAUGUGACCAUCGAGGUGGUCACGCCUGGCAGCGGGCCUGGCACGGGCCGCCUCUUUCCCUGCAACCGUAACGUGCUGGCCGCCGCGUGUCCCUACUUCAAGAGCAUGUUCACCGGCGGCAUGUACGAGAGCCAUCAGACGAACGUGACCAUGCACGACGUAGAUGCCGAAUCCUUCGAGGUGCUGGUCGAUUACUGCUACACGGGUCGCGUGUCCCUGAGUGAAUCCAACGUGGAGCGCCUUUACGCGGCCUCGGACAUGCUGCAGCUGGAGUAUGUGCGGGAAGCCUGUGCCUCGUUCCUAGCCCGCCGCCUUGACCUGGCCAACUGCACGGCCAUCUUCAAGUUCGCCGACGCCUUCGGCCAUCGCAAGCUGCGGUCGCAGGCCCAGUCCUUUAUCGCGCACAACUUCAAGCAGCUCAGCCAGAUGGGUUCGAUCCGCGAGGAGUCUCUGGCCGAUCUGACCCUGGCCCAACUGCUGACUGUCUUGCGCCUGGAUAGUCUGAACAUUGAGCAUGAGCAGACUGUGUGUCACGUUGCGGUGCAGUGGUUGGAGGCGGCUCCCAAGGAGCGGGGUCCCAGCGCUGCCGAAGUCUUCAAGUGUGUCCGCUGGACACACUUCACCGAUGAAGAUCGGAAUUACCUGGAAGAGCUGUUGACCAAACCUAUUGUGAAGAAGUACUGUCUGGACCUUAUGGAAGGAGCCCUGCAGAUGCGAUAUGGUGACAUGUUGUACAAGUCUCUGGUGCCAAAGCCAGAGAGCAGCAGCGCCUGCAGCAGCAGCAGCAACAACAACAACAGCAGCGGCGGCGGCAGUGGCGUUGGCUGCGGCGGCAGCAGCAGCAGCUGCUCUGUUGUAUCUGUGGCAGAAAAUCCACCCCAGAGGCUGGGUGUGUGUGCCAAGAAGAUGGUGAUCUUCUUUGGCCAUCCCAGAGAUCCCUUUCUGUGCUGUGACCCUUACUCGGGGGACAUUUACAAAGUGCCAUCACCUCUGACCUGCCUUGCUCACACCAGGACUGUAACCACCUUAGCUGUCUGUGUCUCUCCUGACCACGACAUCUAUCUGGCCGCCCAGCCCAGGAAAGACCUCUGGGUGUACAAACCAGCCCAGAAUAGUUGGCAGCAGCUGGCAGACCGCCUGCUCUGCCGGGAGGGCAUGGAUGUGGCCUACCUCAACGGCUACAUUUACAUUUUGGGUGGGCGGGACCCGAUCACCGGAAUUAAACUGAAGGAGGUGGAGUGCUACAGUGUUCAGAGAAACCAGUGGGCACUGGUGGCUCCCCUGCCUCAUUCUUUCAUUUCCUUUGACCUGAUGGUGAUUCAGAACUAUCUGUACGCCCUCAACAGCAAGCGCAUGUUCUGCUUUGAUCCCAGCCACAACAUGUGGCUGAAGUGUGUGUCUCUGAAGCGCAACGACUUCCAGGAGGCCUGUGUCUUCAAUGAUGAGAUUUACUGCAUCUGCGACAUCCCAGUCAUGAAGGUGUAUAACCCGGUGAGAGGGGAGUGGCGGCAGAUUAAUAACAUUCCCCUGGUGUCGGAGACCAACAACUACCGGAUUAUCAAUCACGGCCAGAAACUGUUGCUGAUCACCUCGCGCACCCCGCAGUGGAAAAAGAACCGGGUGACCGUGUACGAAUAUGACAUUAGAGGAGACCAGUGGAUUAACAUAGGUACCACAUUGGGCCUCUUCCAGUUUGAUUCUAACUUUUUCUGCCUCUCGGCUCGCGUGUAUCCUUCCUGUCUCGAACCCGGUCAGAGUUUCCUCACGGAGGAGGAAGAAGUCCCCAGUGAAUCUAGUACGGAGUGGGAUUUAGGUGGGUUCAGCGAGCUAGACUCUGAGUCAGGGAGUUCAAGUUCUUUAUCCGAUGAUGAUUUGUGGGUUCAGGUAGCCCCUCAGUGACCUGCCUAGGAUGGGCGGUUGGUUCCAGAUUAAGUUGAAACACUGAGGUGUUGGUACUGCUUUGGAAAGUUAUCUUAACGAGAUACCCUUUUCCUCUGCUGGGAAAAAAAAAAAAAAGUUGAUUAAUUUCAGGUUUGGUUUAGAAAGGGUAUUGUUUGAAAUACUAAUGUAAGUUAAUGUUACCGAAUUUAAACAUGAAAAGAAAUCACCCUAUUUAAUAAUUUACUGUUCUGAAAGUCCAGUGUUGAUUUAACUGUUAAGUAUUUUUAUGUUUGAUCACGUUAUAAGUCAGUUGUAAUCAAUAGUCUUCUAUGAUUAAACCUUACAUUCCGUCUUGUGCCGCAAGUACUUCAACUUGAAUUUUAAUUUCUACAAUAGAAAACUGAUUGGAUAGGAAUUCCUUGAGAGGGUUGGAAAGCAUAUAUUUUCCUUCAGAUCAGUGUAGUAGGUUUCCAAAAUGUUAAACUAGUGGGUUUUUACAAAAUGUGUUCUAACUUAACUAUAGUCUGCUAAGUUUUAGUUCAGUUUUCUCCUCUGUUGUGGAAAAAAAAAAAUAUAUAUAUAUAUGUUUAAUGUGACCGAAUGGUGAUUUCAUUUGUGAUUAUGUACCAAAUGCCAUAAGCUCACUGAAAGUAAAAACGAAAAAACCAGGAUUCUACUUACUCUUUGACAAGAUAUUUCAGUUUUCAAUCUGUAGUAUAACAUAUGUAUUUGCAAAUAGUGACCAUAUUUUCCAUCUAAAAAAGCCCAUUCCAGUAGUGUCACCCAUCACUGAAAAACGUUACAAAAAAAUGCAGAAAACAGCAACUUGGUGUGUAGGUUCAUACUUUUAAUCUGUGCUUGAUCCAUGCUUCAUUGAAUCGGAGGAGUAAUCCUUUUCUUCACUGGACAUGAUGGUGAACAUUUUUAUCCAUUGUCUUAAAAAGUUUAUGUGAUUCUUAAAAUAUUUUUGGCUGUACAGUUUUGGUGUUUGAUCUUAGGUGAUUUGUCAACAAGAUGUGAUUAUUCUUUCCUGUUUUGUGAGGUAAGAUUGGUUUUGAGAGUACGUAUCAGUUAAGAACAGUAUUUUAUUGAAAUCACUAGUUAUUGUGUCUAUCAACUCUGAAAUCAAGUGCCAGCAAAGAAUUUUAAAUCUUUCAGUUGUGUACAGAACUGUUUUGUGUAGCAUUGAGAUACUCUGUCAGUUUUGUAGGUUGCUAAAUGUUAUUAUCAGCUUAAAGGUAUUUUUCUAUUAAAAAGUUUACAGUUAAAUAACACAAGUGGAUGAUAGCAUUUGGGGCCCGUAGUGAAAGUAUAUUUCGUCUAAAAGAUUUCUCUAUGCAGUGGUGUACAUGGCUAUUUUAUUAUGGUAUUUGUAUCUGUUCUGUGUUUCUCUGAACCAAGCUCCAGUCUUUGUUUCUCUCAGCAUAUGUAAGGGAAAGAAGGUCCAGAAAUAGAGAAAAAGUCACACAAAGCUGACAUUGCUAAAGACAGGAAGACUUACGUGCUUACCUUUUGAGGGUUUAUUAGCUAAGAGUUGUCAUGAUAACCUGUCCGUGAGGGUUUAUCAGGUAGAGUUGUCAUGAUACCCUGUACAUCAUAAGUGACCAGAUGCUUUUGGUGUAUAACUUUUUCUAUACACAAAAUGAUCUCUCUGAAUCUUCAGUCUUCAUGCAGUUCACCUGCUAAUUCCUCCUCUGUGUUUAUUCUCUCGUGACAGAAGGCUCACAUUUCUUAUACACCCUGGCAGAGUACAGAGGAAUUUCAUCUCUCCAGUAGGGAACUGAAAUUUUUUUUUUUUAAUGGAAAUACCAUGGAUGAAAAUGGAGAGAAAGACAGAAAAGGAAAAGGUAUUAAAAAAAAAAAAAAAGGUGACGGUAUUCUUAGCCAUUUUUGAUGGGCCAUUUGAAGAGUCUUCAGAACAUUCCUCUUCACCAUUUUUCAAGAAGUAAGAUGCUUGCUUCUCCUGCCAGUAUAUGUUCCCUCCAAAGGGCAAACAUGCUUUUCGUUGCCUAAGGAUAAAUUUUGUUCCCUUUGACAGCAGGGUUGUCGUAAGCACUGUACUUAACACAAAGCUGUUUCUCAAUAGUGGGUUCGUGGGUUUUGGUUUUUGGGUUUUGGUUUUUGGGGGGUUUUUUUUUGGCCAACUUUUUCUUCACCAGUAACUUCUUGUUGAUAGCAUUUUCUUUUUGUCCGACGGAACUAGAGCAGUGAUGAUCUCAACCAGAUUAUCCACCUGCAGAAUUAAGGUAUGCAACGGAUUGAUAAGAGACAGAUUCUCCAGUUGUCAUUUUCAGCCUUUGCGUUAAAACCUACGCUAACUAGUAGUAGUAACAUCUUGGGUUACAAAGAGGUUUUCUUGGGAAGAAUUUUUUGGUUUCGUGAUAUAUCUGUGAAUUAGAAAAUAGCUGUUAAUCAUUAUUUUAUGGAUAAGUGAUUUGUAUGUGAUUAGUUACAAAUAAAACAUACUAGAACCCAG